AUGAGGGUUACGGUAACGACGCUGACUGACUACAUUUUCACCCUGGACGUGUCGGAAGACUUGGAAUUGGAAAACUUCAAGGCGUUCUGCGAAGUGGAGUCGGGGUUCGCGGCUCCUGAAAUAAUGAUCGUGUUCAAUGGGCAGCCUUUGCUCGACAAUAAAAAGUCUCUAAAGGACUUCGGAGUGAAAGAUGGGGACGUGGUGGUCCUACAAAGAAUGCUUGCCCCUCAUCCGUCCGCUUCGAGUGGAUCGUCAGGCCAAGGUUCCGACUGCAAUUACCAUGGGUCGCAGUGUUCGUGACGAAGUUUUUCUCUUUCAGGGUUGUCCGGUUUGGACUUCAGCUCAAUCCGCGUGCCCGGCACACCUGGAUCUUCGAGCGCUGCCCCGGGCGCGAAUCGCUCAUCACUUCAGCAGCAGAACCCCUUAACAGUUGGUGCAGAGGAUGAUCCCACAGUUAUCAAAGACAUGUUGCUCGCCAACCCGGACCAGCUCGCUCUGCUGAAGCAGAACAACCCGAAAUUAGCAGAGGCGCUGUUGUCUGGCAAUCUAGAGACCUUCACUAAAGUACUUCGAGAACAAAUUCAAGCUCGGGCUGAUCGGCAAAUGCAAAGAGUCCGCAUGAUGCAGGCUGAUCCAUUUGAUACAGAAGCACAACGGAUGAUUGCCGAAGAAAUUCGACAGAAGAACAUCGAAGCGAAUAUGGAAGCUGCAAUGGAAUAUAACCCAGAAACGUUUGGCACAGUUGUUAUGUUGUACAUAAAUUGUAAAGUGAACGGAGUACCUGUGAAAGCAUUUAUUGAUUCUGGAGCACAGACGACAAUAAUGAGCGCAUCUUGCGCAGAAAAGUGUAACAUAAAUAGAUUAGUAGAUACAAGAUGGGCAGGUGUGGCUAAAGGGGUUGGAGUGCAGAAGAUUAUCGGGCGAAUCCAUAUGGUGCAAAUACAAAUCGAAAAUGAUUUCCUAACGUCGAGUUUUUCAGUUUUAGAAGAACAACCUAUGGAUAUGCUACUAGGUCUAGACAUGCUCAAACGACAUCAGUGCAACAUUGAUCUCCAACGAAAUGUUUUGAAAAUUGGGACUACUGGGACAGAAACUCAUUUUUUACCCGAAAGUGAAUUGCCUGAUUGUGCUCGUUUAACAGGCAGCCCAUCUGAAGAGCUUCAGGCACUGGGAGAAUCAGCCAAAUUAGCUGAAGAUCUAGCAAUUAAAGAAGCAAUAGAGAGGAGUAGAAGAGAACAAGCUGGAGGAUCAACGUCAGGAGCCGGUCCGUCGACUAAUAAUUCUAAUAAUUCAAAAACCACCAUUCAACCUUCGGAUAAAUUCACAGAAGCGGAUGUAAACGAUAUAGUAAAACUUGGAUUUUCUCGAGAACAGGCUAUAGCUGAACUUAGAAAUUUCAAUGGAAACAAAACGCAAGCAACCGCAGCACUUUUUGCAAAAUCAUUGAAGUUUUAAUAGGAUAAAUUCUACAAGAACUGUACAUAGUACCUCAUUUUCGCAUUUUUGCAUUACACAUUUUAUUGGCAUUCUAAGAGACACUCAUCUACAAUUGCAAUAAUUUUCUCCUAUGUUGAUUGAUAAUACUGAAGUUAGUAAAAUCAUUUUUUCGUACUUAUUUGGUCUUAUUGGGGUAGUUUUCAUCAAAGUUUUAUAUUGGAAUUAGGUUCAAAAUAGAAGUAAUGCAUGUUUCGCUUUUCAUUUUAGUUUAAUACCAUAUGAACGCUGGAAGCUAUAUAUUACAAGUUAUUUUGUACUGGCAUUUGAAGGUAUUCGAAAUAUAACAACUUUUGAAAGAACAAAAAUGA